AAUAGUGAUGUGAAUGAUGAUGAUGAUAAUGAUAAUAAUGGUGAUAUUAAUUUCUCCAUCAGUAUUGUUAUAUGUUACCGUUGUCAUUAUUACUAUCAUAUUUUAUUGUUCAGAUAAAAUACUAAUGUCAAGUUGCGAUUCACAGAUAUUUCUCUCCGCAAAUUACGUGUACAUUGGGGCUUAGCGCUGUCGGUGAAGUCGAUCUGGGCGAGCAUCGAGGAGGAGGCGGGCAGCCGCGGCGGCCUCAAGCUGCUGAAGGGGCCGCGUCGGAAGAAGAAGCCCCCGGCUCCAGCUGCCCCCUCUGCGCCCCCUGCCCCCGUCAUGCCCCCGCUGAACGGCCCGAGCGCCGCGCCGGUCGCCGUGUGCUCGGCCGGCGCGCCCAUGGCCCCCCCGCCCGCCAUGCAGCACCACUGCAUGAAGCGCCUCAACACCAUCCAGCCCAAGCCGCCGCCGCCCAAACCGCCCAUGAUGGCCGCCCCGCCGCCCACUCACAGCCACAUGCAGCAGCCGCCGCACGCCCCCGUGCCGCAUACCCACUGGCUGGGACAGGCGCCGCAGUACCCCCACAACAUGACGCCCUACCCCAUGGCUCCCCCCCCGACGGCCGAGUACUACCCCAUGCCAGGGCACUUCAUGGCACAGUACACGCCCGCGACCAUGGGCACCUCGCCUUAGGAGACUCUGGAAAGUUUUGUUUUUUUAUAACUGAAAGAAUAGAACAAUUGGAAUAUUUAUAAAUAUUAUGGAUACGAAACUUCAUUUCAUAACAUUCCACGUACAGUCGUGUUGCAUUGGUCAUUAUGGAUUUUUUACAUUGAAUGAAUUAAUACACAUCAUGCCGAUAUCCGUUCCUUGGCGUUUACUUCGUAACUCUCAAUCGUUACGGAAAUGUUUGUACUAUUUACAUUUCCAAAAAAGAUAAGUUCAACAAAUGAAAUGAAGGUACACCACACUGCCUAAUUUGUGUUCGCUUUACAAUAUUUUUUCACAUAACGAGUAACAUAAUGCAACAAUAUAUUGAUUUGAAUUGGCAAAAAUAAAAAUAUAUGAUAU